GUACCUAGAAAAAAAUCGUCAAUUAAUUGCGAUUAAUCGCUAAAAUCGCCUAAAAAUCACCAAAAAAUCGGCAAUUAAUCGCGAUUAAGCGCACGAUUAAUCGUAUGAUUUUUCACGAUUAAUUGCCGAUUUUUUAUGCGAUUUUUAGUACAUGGCUUAGAUUAAUAUAAAUUUUCUUUUCUUUUUCUAGCUGACAAAAGACUUUGGUCAUGUAUCAGAGCCGUACUCAGCAUUCUACAGGUUUAUUCUAAAUAAACUGCUAUCACCUGAAGUAUACUUACAAGCAUUAUGAUACUCUUUACCAUUCAGGUGAAACAUGAGUUACUACUGAUCAGACAAUUUUCUUCUUUUCGUUCUAGUUUGCAUGAUUUUCUAAUAAGUUUAGAUACGAUAUUUUCUGUGUUGUUUUUUUAUUUGUUAACAGGUUUCUCAUCCCAUUCACGAAACUACUAAUAAUAAACAAUAAGAACAAACUACCUAUGUAUUCGCUUCAAAGACAUUAUUUAUUUCUAUCGUAGCUGAUUAUAGUGAUACAUCGUGCAUAUUAAAAUUUAACUAUGAAUAUUUGUCAGAUCUGUACGGAACAAAGUUCUACAAUAUUAUCUCAUUGUACAUUCUGUUCAAAAACAUUUUGUGUAGAAUGUAAUUCUCAACAUGAAACAUUACUACGAGAAUAUAUUCAAAUGUUAAAAGAAGAAAUUAAUAUAUUAUUAAAUGAAGUUUCAUUUGAUUGGGGAUCACCGGAUUUAUUUCAAAUAAGUAAUAAUACUAUUAAAAAGAAGUCUACAACAUCACAACAUUGUGAAUUAAGAGUAAUCGAUUUAAAAAUGUCUGUAGUAGAAUUAGAUAUGUGGGCACAUGAAGCUCAUAAAAAAUUAUUAAUGGCAGAUGAUUGUUUUGUUCGUUUAACAUUAGCUCUUAUGAUUGAAAUAAAUAUAAAAACCUGGCAAGAAAAACAGCGACAAGAUAUAUCAUUGAAAAUUCAUUCAAUACAAAAUAAUAAUUCUAAUUUCAAUGAACUGCACAAGAUUGAAAAUGACUUAUCUAAUUUUAAAACAAUAAUUAAACGUUUCAAUCAAUUGCGUUCAUUUAUUCAAACCUUAUUUAUGACAAAUAAUAAUGAAAAUAAUAUUGAUAACGUAAUAGAAAUCAGUAACACGUCUGAUUUAAGUAACAAUCAUGAAACAUUAGAUACUAGCGCCAACGUUGUUAAUCUACAAAUGGAGACAGUACAAAAAUUAGAUAAUAAUCGUCGUCAUACAUUGCACAAAUUUUUUCGUAGUACUCCUUUUCUUCAUUUAUCCGAUGUUCAUAUUCCUCAAAUGAGUUUUUUAAAUAAGUAUCAUCGUAAAUCUGCUUCUAGUAGUACUGAAUCAAAUUCAAACGAUGAUUACAAGGAUAGUACAGGUUUUUUGCUUAAAAAUCAGAUAAAAAAAAUAGGACAACAUAUAAAUCGACAAGAUACAAUUGAUGAAAGUUCACAAAUGCCAAAUUUAAAUAAUUAUGGAAAAAAAUAUUCAAGAAAUGUAUCGAAUGAUGGACUAAAUAUUAUACAAACAUCAAUAUCACAAAAAUAUUUAGAAACUAGAUUAAUACUUGAUCAAUUGAAAACAUCAUCAAAACAUAUUAUUACAACAGCAACAAGUUGUACACCAUCAAUGUUAUUUAUUGAUAAUAAUUUUUAUUAUUUUGAUAAAACAUCAAAAGAUUUAUGUAUUAAUUCUAUAAAUGAUAAUUAUAUUGGUACAAUGAAAUAUCAAAUAAUUCUUUCUGAAUCAAUUACAAAAAUGGAUUAUUGUUCAAAUAGAAAAACAAUUUAUUUUUUAACAGAUAAUUCUAAACUAUGUUAUAUAACAUUAAAUAAUUUAAAACGAAUAGAUAAUCAACAAAUUGAUAUAACAUCAGAAUUAACAUUAAAAACAUUGAAUAUUAAUGAUUUUAAUGAUCAAACAACAUUAACUAGUUUUUGUUGUUCAUCAACUCAUAUUUAUUUACUUCAACGUUGUCCAUCACAAAAUUGGAUAUUAAAAAUGACUUAUAAUGGUGAUAUUUUAAGUAAACAUUCAAAUAAUUCAUUUGUAUCAUCCAAUUAUAAUGUACAAAUUUAUCGUAUUUCAGAUUUAUCUUGUGCAUUAAAAGCAGAUAAUCAAUUAGCAUUUGUUGGCUAUUAUCGUCCAUCUGUACAAAAUUUAUUAUCAACAAAAAAUAAAGAACAUAAAAUUGAAAAUCAACAUCAUACAUCAUUAAUUACAUUUCAAAUUGAUUUUAAUAGUAAAUAUUCAAUAUUUACAAGAAAAUGGUGUAUUAUGUUUCAGAAUCGAACAAGAUUUGAUUUAACACAAGGUUUACAUUCACCAAAAAUUGAACAUCUCGAACAUACUAUGUGGAUAUGUUCUGAUAGGAAUGGUAAACGAAUAUUAUUAGUGAAUGAUAAUGGUAUAGAAUUAAAUCGUCUUGAAAUUGUUUUUAAACCAUUAAACACGAUUCAAUUAAAUGAUAAUCGUAUAGCAGUUAAAACAAAUGAUGCAAUUGUUUUUUAUACAUCAAUAGAUAAUAAUCAAGUUGUAUUCACUUGA